UUCAAUGGUCUCCGCCAUGUGCUCCUGCGGUGUGCUUGUUGCCUUUCAUCGCGCAGUGGUUCCCGUCUGAAUUGGGCCACUGCUUGGGCCUGGGCAGGUAUUCGCAAGGAACGAAAGUAUAGAAACGACCGGUGCGACGCCAUGGGUAUCUGGAGGGUGCAACGAGCACUGAGGAGAAGCUGGAGCAUGCACAGCGAGAUACUCCGCUGCCAGAGGCUCCAGGGCCGGCUGCCGGUGUUGACAGCCAACAGCUCGACCCAGGCGGAGCGGCACAAGGACGUGGAGCACAUCCGCAACAUUGGUAUCUCGGCGCACAUCGACUCGGGCAAGACCACGCUGACAGAGCGGCUGCUCUUCUACACGGGCCGCAUUGACCAAAUGCACGAGGUGAAAGGCAAGGACCAGGUAGGCGCUGUGAUGGACUCGAUGGAGCUGGAACGGCAGCGAGGCAUCACGAUCCAGUCGGCGGCCACCCAGGUCUACUGGGGCUCCACAGCCAUCAACAUCAUUGACACUCCUGGCCACGUCGACUUCACCAUCGAAGUUGAGCGUGCCCUUCGUGUGCUCGACGGGGCCGUGCUUGUGCUCUGUGCUGUUGGGGGGGUGCAGUCACAGACACUGACUGUGUGUCGUCAGAUGCGCCGCUAUUCAGUCCCCUGCGUGGCCUUCAUCAACAAGCUGGACCGCAUGGGAGCCAAUCCGCACAAAGUCUUGGGGCAACUCAGGUCCAAGCUUCAGUACAAUGCAGCCCUGCUUCACUUGCCCAUAGGGCUCGAGGCAAAGCACAGCGGGGUGGUGGACCUGAUCCAUCGCCGAGCCAUCUACUGUCGUGGGGAGCAUGGGGAGGAGGUGUGCUAUGAAGAUCCACCGGCAGACAUCCGGACAGAAAUGGAAGAACGACGGCAUGAGCUCAUUGAACAUGUUUCGAAUGCGGACGAGGUGCUUGGGGAGAUGUACUUGGAGGAGAAGACGCCCUCAGAGGAGCAACUAAUGGCGGGCAUCCGUCGUGCUUGCCUGCAGCGCAAGUUCAUCCCUGUGCUGAUGGGCACUGCACUGCGCAACAAAGGUGUGCAGCCGCUUCUGGACGCGGUUGUCCAAUACCUGCCCAACCCUGCCGAGGUCACCAACUAUGCCCUGGACGAGAGAGAUCCUGCCAACGUCAAGAAAGUGGUCAUGAACCCAGCCCGGGACGACAGCCACCCUCUGGUUGCUCUGGCCUUCAAGCUGGAGGCUGGGCGUUUUGGUCAGCUGACAUACCUGCGGGUGUACCAGGGCCAAUUGCGCAAGGGCGACACCCUGUGGAACACUCGCACAGGCCGCAAGGUUCGGGUGCCACGUGUGGUGCGCAUGCACGCUGCCGAGAUGGAGGAUGUUGGGGAAGCCUUUGCGGGAGACAUCUGCGCCGUCUUUGGUGUUGACUGUGCCUCAGGUGACACAUUCGUCACCGACGCCAACCUCAAGCUAUCCUUGGAGUCAAUCCAUGUGCCAGAGCCCGUGAUCUCCAUGUCCAUACGUCCAAAGGAUAACAAGGACAAUGACAGUUUCUCCAAAGCAGUGAACCGAUUCUGUCGGGAGGACCCCACCUUCCACGUCAAGUAUGACACAGACAACAAAGAGAUGAUUGCCUCGGGCAUGGGAGAACUGCACCUGGACAUCUAUGCUCAGCGCAUGGGUCGUGAGUACAACUGCCCCGUGAUACUCGGAAAGCCCAAGGUUGCCUUCCGGGAGUGCCUGACUGCCCCCUGCGAGUUUGACUACCUGCACAAGAAGCAGCACGGAGGUUCCGGACAGUAUGGACGGGUCAUCGGAUACCUUGAGCCACUUCCCCCAGAGCGCAAUACAGAGGUGCUGUUCCAGGAUGACACCAUUGGCACCAAUGUUCCUAAGCAGUUCAUUCCUGCUAUUGAAAAGGGUUUCCGAGCGAUGUGCGAGAAAGGGUGCCUGACUGGUCACAAGAUUGCUGGCGUCCGAUUCCGGCUCACUGACGGUGACAACCACAUGGUGGACUCGAAUGACAUUUCCUUCUUCCUGGCAGCUCAGGGUGCCAUCAAACAGGUAUAUCAAUACGGCAGCUGGUACCUGCUGGAGCCAAUCAUGAUGGUGGAGGUGACGGCGCCCGACGAAUUCCAGGGCUCGGUGCUCAGCUCGCUGAGCAAGCGCCAGGGGGUGAUUGUCUCAACAGAUGCCAGCGAAGGCUGGUUCACCGUCAUGGUCGAGGUGCCGCUGAACAGCAUGUUUGGCUACUCGACAGAGCUACGUUCCAUGACGCAAGGCAAGGGCGAGUUCACCAUGGAGUACUCGCGCUACUCCCCAGCGAGGCCCGAGGUACAGCAGCAGCUGGUUGAAGAGUAUCGAGCUGAUCAGGAAGCUGCAGCAGCUGCUGCUGCCGGGGGCGGGAAAAAGAGGCGCUGAACGUGUUUCCUUUAUUAGGUUAUGUAGAAACCAAACUUUUCAUCACACAGUGUCUAGUGCUCACCUUGCAAGGACAUUGAUGUACUGUGUGCUCAUCAGAAAGGUGGCCUGGCUGACAAGCUCUUCUGAUGGAUCAUCAUCAUCAUCCUGUCCCAACCCAAAGUUUGCGAGUCAAUGUGUGUGUGACUGUCCAGCACUGAUGCCCUGGCAAUCAAGAACUGCAGAGGUUGUCAGUUCUCAACCUUUGGAGCCUUGAAGCCUCUGCUAAUUGCAUGGGCCCUGCUGUACAGCCUGCAAUCAGCUCUGGUUGCUUGCACAGAGGCCAGAGAAGUUGUGAUGAAAGUGAUCAGAGCCGUUCAAAUGCGCACGUCUACGAUGUUGUUUACAGUUUUGCACCUUGGCAUGCUGCUGUCAGGAUUUCAGCACCAAGUUAAGGUCUGAUGGGGGAAUUGUCCAUGGUGUUUUAGGCAGUGCGCACAGCGCAGAACUGUUAUCAAAAAUUAACACUUUUGAGGGAAUGUGUGGCUUUUGGGCCCGGUGGACUUCAUAGAAUGCAUGCUUACAACACGGGAAACCUUCUUGGGGAGCCUUCGUUGUGCUGGACAGAUACCACACGCUGCUGACUUUUGACUCGUGCAUUGUUAGCUGUUGGAUAAGAUUGCAUGCUGACAUUCUCAGGUUAGUCAGUCCAUCUUUUGGAGCCAUCGGGCAGUGUGUUAUACUUAGGGCUUUGUAUGUACAGAUCAUAAUGGUUUCUGCGGCAUCAAGUUUAGUGACCUGUGGUCUAGUCGAAAUUGCUUCAACUGAAUUAAAAAAUCGAAGUUACUGUUAAUAUUCCUCCCUGUGCACUUUUCAUCUCAGCUGUAAACGCCACUCAGUAACUGUUUGGUUCGAUUACUUGGUGUUCACUUGCCAACCUGUCCAUUUUUUACAUAUGACUGAAUGAAGUAUGCGUGAUUGCUUCCUUCUGGAAGACAGUGCUGUUAAAUAAACACGAAAAUGAAUUGUUUUACUUUAGGCAUCUAAUUGGAAACAAAUUUACAUAUGUGCGUGUAUUAAAGAAAUUUUACUGAGACCACCACAUCACCGUCACUUGGUUUUGUUCACUUGGCCAGUGCUAGAUGUAUCAUACUGCAAGUCAGUUUAAUAAACCUCAAGCA